CGUACGAAUAGGGACGGAGCCGGUCCACCUAAGCUGCGAACAGAGUAAUAUCUCGACGGCAUUUGUGGUGGACGUUCUUCUUAUCCUCCAAAAGAAGAUAAUGUCUGUAUCCGCGAGAAAUCCGAUACCACCGAUCAAUCAACUGCCCAGUAGCUGCAAAUUCGCGAUUCUGCAAACACCCAUUUGCAUCAGUUGCAGAUACGCUUCAUCUUCUCCUCGUAAGCCUUCAUCGUUCUCUCUCAAUGCGCCAUCGUCUCCUGUUCAUCACAGCUCGAGUUUCGCCGUUACCAAACGCCUCUCUACUUCCAUGGAGUGGCAAGACUGCACGGUGAAGAAGGAAGUGGAUGUUCCAGUUUCGGUGGCUUAUAAAUUCUAUUUGGACCGUGAAUCAUUCCCCAAAUGGAUGCCCUUCAUUUCAUCCGUCGAGGUGCUGAAGGACAAGCCAGAUUUAUCGCGGUGGUCACUCAAGUACAAGGCGUUUGGACAGGAUAUCGAGUAUUCAUGGCUUGCUCGGAAUCUACAGAGUGUUUCUUUUUGGAUGCAGCCUACUCCUAAUCAAAAGAUUCAUUGGAGAUCUCUCGAGGGACUUCCAAACAGGGGCAGUGUUCGGUUCUUCGGGAAAGGCCCCUCAUCAUGUGUUGUAGAACUGACGGUUUCAUACGAAGUCCCGACGCUGUUGAUCCCUGUGGCAUCCGCGCUACGUCCAUUUCUCGAGGGAUUGCUUAGACAAGGCCUUGAACGUUUUGCUGCCUUGGCCAAAACCACUUAGGUCAGCUUUACAGGAUUUCGUCCAUAAAUCCCAGCUUCGAUCCUCCUGAAUAUGAAAACAGUGAAUUCGAUUCAGUUUUCUGAUUAGGGUUUUGCGGAUUUCUGAUUAUACAAAUCACUUCUAUGUAAACUUUAAUUAUAAUAUUCGUCUGAAUAUGGAAGUGAUAUUAUCGCCAAAGACGUUA